AGCGGGGGCGUUUGCAAGGUAGGGUACCAGGUGGAGUUGGGAUUUCAUCAGAGGCGAUAUACCGAAAGCUGCUACAACUGCAGAUGACUGCAGUGAUGCAGCAAAUCGUAGAGGCCUCAAAGGCAGGCCAUAUGCUGAUGGCCCUGUCACUUCUGCCUGCAGAUAAAAUUACUGCCGGCGUAGGUGUUGUCAAAUUAUAUGCACAGCAACAAAAUCUUGAAGAGGAGUUACAAGAUAUUCUUGAAUCAUCUCAGAGACAGAGAUGUCCCAGUAGCUCGAUUAUAGCCGCAUGGUGGGUGGCAUACAACACGUGCGGCCGCUGCGAUGCCAGAAUGCUGUCAUUUUUGAGGCGACUCGUCAUCUCAGGCAACAGCAAUUUAGUGUUGCCGAGUUGCUGAGCCGAGUCUCUCAUCUUACAAGAGAAAUGUCUAGCUGGCUGCAUUAGAUAGGCCAAAGAUCUAUAUAUACAAACAGUAUACAGUAAGUAUUUAUAUAGAUCGUUCAGAGGAGCAGCCCAGGUGGGCCAACCGGCUGAAGUAGUGACAGCAGAGCCCAUUAUGCCUCCACCAGAUCAGGUACAUUACUGUUGAUGGUACCUUAAGGUAUCCAUAGAACAUGAAUACAUUAUACAAUUACUAUUAUUGUCAAUAUUACUGGAAAAAAUUGAAUUAAUCUGAUUCAAUAAAAUUUAUCUCAAUACAGAUUUUUGACAAAGUAGACUGUUAAAUUUAAGAAACAAAUCUCAUGAACCAAUUUAAAAAAUCAAUCCAUUAUAAAUGUUAGAAUCAAAUAAUAAAAAUACAACAAUAUAUUUCUACAAAUUUUCAUGGAGAAAGAUACACCCAUUAGCCUAUUGGUGAAAUGAUGUUUGUGAAAAUUGGUGUAUUUUUAUAAAAAUGUCAAAGUGAAUUUUAAAUGGGAGUAAUGUAUGUCACAAACAGUCAGUGCCAAUGGGUUAACCUUGACAAUGACAAUCACUUUUAACGUGAAAUUUCAUCAUUGUCGUCUUCACCAAUAUUGGGUGAUUUUCUUAGUUAUAAUUUAUGGAAAAUAUUCUGUUUAAUUGGAAGAGUAGGUUUGAAAAGGUUUGAGAGUUUUCACCUAUCACCUAAAGAAAGUUAUUGGUUCCAUUUACCAAUAUCUUGAGAAAUCAUGAAUGGGUUUAAUGCCUAUGAAUAAGAACUCCAAUUUAGAGCAAAUCAAAUUAUAAUUUUCACAAAACUUGGGCAAUUGAAAACGCAAAAAUAAUUAUCAGAACCAUUAGAUACAUAAAACAUAGUCUUCUUACAAGCUAAAUACUCAUCUGUACAUGUUAAUUUCAUUUAUCUGGCUACAGGCUUUCAACAUCAAGCAAAACAUUUAACACAAAUUGAGAAAAUGAUGAAAAUAUUCAGAUAUCAAUUAAAACAUCUCAAACUUCACUUAUAUAGAAAAAAUUCAAGAGGAUAAUACACAACCACUACAAGCCACCAGACAUUUUUCUUGAGAGAGCUUGAAGGUUUCGGGAGACGCCCUAGGCACGUCAUCAUUGCUAACCCCAGGAAUGGGAAAUUACAAGUUUACAAUUUACAUUUAUUAUUCUCAAAAAAACUUUACUUUUAAUCUGUUUUGAAUUUAUUUAACCUUUAUAUUGUUUAUAAUUAUUUGUUAAUUCAGAAAGAGAACUUUAUUACCGUACAGUAAGUUAUCCAACAUUAGAACAGCUGAUAAAAUUUCAGGCAGAUGUUAAGUCCACAUAUCGAUUACACCGAUAUUGACUAUCAAAUUUUAUUGAUAUUUGAAUAUCGAAUCGAAGAUUCGAUUUUUAUUGAAAAAAUGUAAUAUUACAAGUAUUAUAAGGUCUCGUGAGACGGCAAUGGAGCUUCUAAUUGUGUAUGGUAGCAAUCAACCUCGAAAGAAAAAUCUCAUCUUCAAGGAAGUUACCCAAGAAACAUUUUCGAAUGCAGUUAAAAAUUUAAAUCUUCAGACAGUUUGGAUAUUUAUGGUCUCUCUAGUAAUAUGCUUAAAAAUAUUAUUGAUUGUUUAGCUUCUCCUCUUACUUAUUGCAUAAACAGGUGUCUGAUUGAAGGUGUUUUUCCAAGAGUGCUAAAAUUGUCUAGAGUAGUUCCUAUCUAUAAGAAGGGAGAGAAAAAAUGUGCAUUUAGUUACCGUGCAAUAUCCCUCAUUCCAAUUUUAUCGAAAGUCUUGGAAUCUAUUAUCCAUCCAUGGUUAAGUCUGUGAUUACUUAGAAGAACAUAAUAUACUCUCGGAUGCACAGUUUGGGUUCAGAAAGGGUAAAUCUAUCUAUGCAAUUGAUGACCUAAUAAAGCAGGUCCUUAGGGCUUUUGAAGAGAGAAAUUAUACUCAGGCCACUCUAUGUGACCUCAGUCGAGCAUUCGAUUGCGUGGAUCAUGAUGUGCUUCUGAGUAAGCUGGUUUAUUAUGGGAUAAUUGAAAGAAAGGCUGGGAACAUUUUCGAGUCAUUCCUUAGCAACCGUAGACAAAUAGUGUGCAUUGGCAAAAAAAAUCACAGAUAAAAGAAAUAAAGUGUGGUGUGCCACAGGGGUCAGUUUUAAGGCCUUUAUUGUUUAUUUUAAUGAUCAAUGUUUUGCCACUCUGUGUGGAUACAGUACCCAAUCCAUACUGUAUGUGGAUGUUGCAACAUUUCUCAAUGCUUGCACAAACUUUAAUGACCUUCAAGCUGUAGCUGAGAGCACGUUAUCUCAAGUUUCAAUUUGGUUGAGAACUUAUGGUUUUUUGCUAAAUAAGAGUAAGACUCAGGAAAAUCUUUUCAGUUAGAGAAACUCACGUGUAGAGAGCAAUUUGGAUACUGGUAGAAUAAAGUUUUUGGGUAUUUUUAUUGAUGGCAAAUUGACACGGGAGCCACAUAUCAGAUAUGUCAGUGUUAAACUGUCUACAGCGGUAUACUUGUUAACAAACUUGAUGAACCAUGUUCCUGAGUCAUUUGUGAGGUCUGUAUAUUUUGCAUUUUUCCAGAGUACUAUUUCAUAUGGGCUUCUAUUCUGGGGAAAUAGCGCACAUGUGCAGGAUCUUCUGAUUCAAAAAAAGUUAUCAGAACUAUUACAAACUCUGACAGAUUGGCUCACUGCAAACCAUUAUUUUUGUUGAAACAAGAUUAUUGACCAUAAUAAACCUUUACAUAUUUACUGUUCUCAUAUAUACAAAAACAACAUAUCUAAACAUAACCUAAGAAGAAAUACUCACAUAACACUAGGAGAAACAGGCAUAGCGAUGCUAGUAUCAACACCUUUCUGUUAAAGCCUUUGGUAUCGACACCUUCCUGUAGACUGAGUAAAUCACAGAAAAGCUAUGAGGUUAUUGGAGUGAAAAUUUUAAAUAAAUUGCCACAUGAUUUAAUAGACGCUCCAUUCCAAGUGUUCAAGAAUACGUUAUAUAGUUGGCUAAUUAAAAACCCAUUUUAUUCAGUAAAUGAAUUUUCAGAAUUUAUAAAUCCUAUUCUGUGAAAUAGACUAAAUACACAUAAAUAAGGAAAACUAAACCUCGUAUUUAAAAGUUAUGAUAUUACUGUGUUGAUUAAGUUAGGUCUGCAUGUUAUGACUAAGUUUUAUGUUGACUGUGACUAUAAUUGACUAGCUGUUUUG